CCAGACAUCGGUGAGCAGUCAACAGGAGAGCAACAUAAAGUGUUAAGGAUGAGCCACCGCUGCGACAUACAGUUGGACAAUCCCCGAGGGGCCUAUCGAGCCGGUGAGACCGUCAAUGGUCACGUCUAUCUGACCCUUACGGAGCGUGCUCUAAUCAAAGCAAUUUGCCUAGAAGCUAAUGGAUAUGCCUGCACCGCCUGGCAGCUGGCUCAAAAGCAAAAGAAAUCCAAGGGUACGCAGCCCGUAGUACAGAGUCAGCCUUUGGACCUGGAUAGUCGAGUGGAUUAUUUUGCCAAAAUCGAUUAUUUUGUGGGUUCUGAGGCUGCUCAGCCGCAGAUAAUGGAGGCGGGCACCUAUAACUAUGGGUUCCAUGUGAAGCUGCCUCAGAACUGUCCCGGUAAUUUCGAGGGUGCCCACGGACACAUCCGGUACACACUUCAAGUCCUUAUUCAUGGCAGUGCUGAUCGUCCUUUGCAAGUGCUUCAUAUGCGGCAGUUGCAGAUCUUUCCCCAGAACAGUCUUACCCAGGAGAACAGGAGCAGUGAAGUGCAUAUUCAUGAGCAGACGCCACGUCUAAAGUUCUGGAUGAAGUCGCUGCACUUGCAGCUUCAAAUACCCCGGCAGGGUUACUCUCCAGGAGCGGGAAUUUCGGUACAUGUGAAGUUACAUAAUCCGGAAAGGCUGCCACUUCGUGAGGUCACCUAUUCCCUGGUGCAGAUCUCCACCUAUGUGGCUCAGUUGAAGAACAAGCCCAAGCGAACGGAUACCAAAGUCGAAAGGCAAACUAUACUGAGCAGAAGCCACGAGCUCCUCAGCCUGCCCAAGACGGAACUGGAGAACUUCCAGCAUCUCCAUAUGCUUCAGGUGCCACAAACAGCGGCCACUCUGAGUGUGGCCCAGUGCUCGUGUCUGCAGUUGAACUACGAGGUGGAGGUGCUGGUGAGGUCUCAGCAGGAGAAGCGAUUGAUUUCCGCCAGGAUUCCCGUAAUCAUAGGCAAUGUGACACCGCCAUGCCCGGGAAAACUUCUCAUGUUAGAGCCACUGGAUGCCUCGGCUCCGGAACCGACACCACCCGGUGAAACAGCCCAAAGGAUGGCUCUGAAUUUCAGCGGUUCAAUGGCCUCAUUGUCUUCGGACUUUCGCGAAGCUGAAUUUAUGACGGCCACUAAUCUAAACAAAACCAACAAACACUAUUUGUCCGGUGAGCAGUUGGACUUUAGGCCACGUUAUGUUUACUAUGAAAUGGAUCAGACCCAAUCCGAGGAAGUCAAGUCGCAUUAGCUACAGUAUUCUUUUCGCACAGUCAUAUAAAUUAUUUUAUUCUUUAAGAAUUAAAU